UCAGAUUGAUCGUGGAAAACCGUAUGCAGCUGGCAAAGGUUUUCAGAGGCAGAGUGGGAUGAAGAGGCCUAGUGGGGGAGACUCUAGUGCUCCUGCCAAGUGUUACAGAUGUGGUCAAGCUGGACAUCGUAUCCAUGAGUGUACCAGUAAUGAGAAGAAGUGUUUCAAAUGUGGAAAAGGUGGUCAUUUGGCUGCAGAUUGCCGGUUGAAGACUGUGACUUGUUUCAACUGUGGAGAGUUGGGUCAUAUCAGUCCACAAUGUCCUAAGCUGAAGAAAGAGAAUCAGUCAGGAGGCAAGGUUUUUGCUUUAUCGGGUUCUGAGACUUCUGCAGAUGAUCGUUUGAUUCGAGGUAACGAGAAAUGAGUUGAGUAGAAGCAAUUGCUUGGAGUCUAGAGUAGUUCUUACGGGUCAUGCUCUGAUAGAUGUAACAUCGGGAG